AUGGGGCGUGGUCUACCCGUAUUCAGAGGAGCCGCUAUGCAACGUGGACACGGUCUAGGGAGUCUGGUCAAGGGUCUUUUUCGUGCAGCUACUCCUUUAUUGAAGAAAGGGGCCUUUGCAUUGGGAAAGGAAGCCAUGUCGACGGGUGUCAAUAUUAUGCAAGACACCCUCAGCGGUCAAUCAUUGAAAUCUGCGGCUAAGAGAAAUGUCAAGAGAGCUGGAAAACGUUUGGCGGGUAAAGCUAUGGGAGGUGUGCGCAAGAAAAUGAAGGCAAAAGCGAAACAAAGAGGAGGUGCUCGCUUUCUACUCGUGAGAGAUGUUAAAAAGCAGUCGCGGGAAUAUCACCCCGUCAGUAAUAUAACCGAUACAGGACCUAUUGAAUUCAACGUCGCUGGAACGGCCGAAGAGUAUGUCGAUCUUUCGCAAACCAUGCUACAAGUUUCUGUCAGAGUAUUGAAAGCAGACAAUACGCCUAUCACCGCCGAUGACCCCGUAGCACCUGUGAAUCUCUUCCUCCCUUCACUUUUUAGUCAGGUGGAUGUCAUGUUGAAUGAAAAACUGGUAUCACAACCCUCCAAUACAUACCCUUAUAGGGCAUUAAUGGAGACGUUACUACACUACAACAAGGAGACAAAAGACUCGCAGCUUACACAACAGCUGUAUUACAAGGAUGAAGCGGGGAAAAUGGAGGUGGUAAAUCCUUUAUUGCAAGGAGAGCACGGGAAUCAAGGACUCGCAAAAAGACACGGAUUCAUCGCUGAGAGCAAACUUCUUUCUAUGCUGGGACCCAUCUACGCAGACGUGUUCUUUCAAGAAAGAUUAUUAUUACCGGGGGUUGAUUUGAAACUCAAGUUGAAUCGUAGUAAAGACGCAUUUUGUCUUCUUUCUUCAAAAGCAAACGCGGCCUACAAAGUAAAGAUCGAAUCUGCUGCCCUCUUCGUUCGCAGAGUCAAGACGAGCCCUUCCAUCAUGAUUACCCAUGCCAAGGCCUUGGAGAAAACAACUGCCAAAUAUCCACUCAACAAAGUGGAUGUACGCUCUUUCUCAAUUCCUACUGGAAACAUGUCCAUCAACCGAGACAACCUAUUUUUAGGACAACUACCGAACCGUAUCAUCAUCGGGUUAACUGACAACGACGCCUACAACGGUAGUUAUGCCAAAAACCCCUACAACUUUAAACAUCUGAAUAUCAACUAUAUAUCAGUGACGAUCGACGGAGAAACGGUUCCCAUGCGCCCUUUACGGCCCUGCUUUGAAGAGGGAGCGGGUCAGCACUAUAUACACGCUUACAAUUCCUUAUUCAUGGGUACAAAUCGUCUUUUCGCGGACAAAGGCCUGGAUAUAAAUAGAGAGGAAUAUCCUAAAGGGUUCACUUUAUUCGCUUUUGACCUUACCCCGGAUGUGUCAGACGGAUGUCAUUUAAAUCUGAUUAAAAGUGGUAAUUUACGUCUUGAACUACAAUUUGACAGACCCCUCCCCAACACGGUCAAUUGCCUCGUAUUUUCAGAAUCCCAAGGACUGAUCCAGAUCGAUAGAAGCCGCAAUCUCAUUUAUGAUUAUCAGGGUUGA